GCUACCUGUUCAGCUCAGAGAUGGGCGUGUUGGGCUGCGUGAUUAUCGUCAUCACCCACUUGAUGAACGCCUCGCCUGGAGAUGAAGGACUCUUCCAGAGGUGGACUCCCCACACCUUCAUCCCAGUGAUCUCACAGGGAUGGGGUGGCAUCGUAGUGGGGCUCAUCGCGAAGACGUCUGGAAGUGUUAAGAAGGGCUUUGCGGUGAUGGUUGGGCUGAUCCUGUCAUGUGUGCUGAAGUGGCUGGUGGACGGUGAGUCCUUGCAUUGGUCAACUAUCGUUGCGGUUCCGGUGGUCGCCACGAGCAUCUACUUGCACGCGAAGUAUCCACCUAAAGCGCCUGCAAAGCAGGCAUGA